GAACCUCUUUGCAAGUGGUACUUUUUGUUGAGCUAUAGUUGGUAAUACAUUAAAAUCGUGUAAAAUUGUCAUAAAUAAAAGAAGAUAACUUUAAGUAUUUCAUAAUUAGAAGUAUAAUAAAGUUGACGUGGGUUUUGAACUUUAUAUAAUAUGUUAGAAACUGGACAAACAUAAAAAUGAGCGCAAUGUGAUGGUGAAACCAACAGAUGGCGUGUAAGGAAGUAAUUGGCCUAGCUCAGCACUUUGUUGAAGAGAUUGUUUAUGAUGAAAUUGAAAAGCUAGAGAUUGUAGGGAAAGGCUCGUUUGGAGUUGUGUGGAAGGCGAAGUGGCGAGAAACAUUUGUGGCUGUGAAGCACAUUGAGACUGAGGCUGAGAAAAAAGCCUUUGCCGUGGAAGUGCGUCAGUUGUCUCGUGUCAGUCAUCCAAACAUAGUGAAGCUCUAUGGGGCGUGUACUCAGAAUCCCGUGUGUUUGGUCAUGGAGUACGCUGAAGGAGGAUCCCUUUUCAAUGCCUUACACGACAAGCCCCAGGUGAUGAAAUAUUCCGCGGGUCAUGCGAUUAGCUGGGCCUUGCAAUGUGCCCGAGGCGUGGCGUACCUCCACAACAUGAAACCCAAGGCUCUGAUUCACAGAGACCUCAAGCCACCAAAUCUGCUUCUUAUCAUGGGGGGCAAAGUGCUUAAGAUCUGUGAUUUUGGCACAGCGUGUGACAAGAAGACUUACAUGACUAACAACAAGGGCAGUGCGGCAUGGAUGGCACCAGAAGUAUUUGAAAGUUCGACUUACACAGAGAAGUGUGAUGUAUUCAGUUGGGGCAUCAUUCUGUGGGAGGUGCUAAGUCGGCGAAGACCGUUUGACAGGUCGUUCAACGGGAAGAACAAACACGGCAAGAACCAACCCUGUGCGUUUCAGAUCAUGUGGGCGGUACAUAAUGGGCAACGACCACCCCUAAUUAAUGGCUGUCCACCUCCCCUCGAAAGACUAAUGACGAGUUGUUGGGCCAAAGAACCCAGUAUCCGACCAAGCAUGGACUAUGUUGUCAAUAUCAUGGAAACUUUGUUGCUUAUGUUCAGUGGAUACGAUAAGCCAGUCCAGUACAUAAGCAGCGAGUCUUUGUCUUCCUUUGGACCUGAGAGCUCUGAUGAUGAAUUUACUGUUGAAGAAGAGAUGAACUCGGGUUUCCAACGUACUUUUGUGGAAAAUCCUAGAACCGAAGUUAAUUCUAUAAAUGGUUCAUUUAGAUCCAUCAGCAAGGAAGACCAAAAACGACUAAGGAGUCCUUUGUACAUAGAACCCGAACCACUAGAGGAAUGGCCGCCUCUGAAUGGUGACAGCAGUGACUACGAAGACACAGAGGACAUUCCCAAUCUGCACCUGAAUUUGUCCAAGGACCUGUCUCAGCUCAGUAUUGGCAGCACUUGCCACAAAGAGCUGGACGAUGUCUAUCUGGACAUGCUGGACCCUCAGUUCCACCCCAUUGCUCCGGACAGGAACUGCCAGCAGUCCGUGCAGAUCUUUGAGCAGCACAAGCAGCUCGCGCAGGAGUACCUGAAGGUGCAGACGGAGAUCGCCCUGCUGUCCCGGGAGAUGUCCGAGCUGUCGGAGAGGUUGAGCGAGGCGGAAGGGCUGAGCCAGCUCGACCAGCAGGACUCCGAGAUGCUCCUGGAGGAACUCCGUAAGCUCCAGAACGAGAAGGAGAACCUGCUGGCGUUGCACCGGAACCUGAAGCGCCAGCUGGAGAUGAUCAGAGGGCAGCGCGACCGAGAGAGCGACGAAGGCUGGGUGGUCGUGUCGCGGCAAGGCCACUCGCCCCUCACCUAAGGCAGACACGGCUGUCGCCUCCCCCGUGACAUUUCCGCCCACCCUCUGCGUGGGGGAACGAGUGCUUGCCCGGUGUAUCUUCCGUGUGUGCCUGGGGUGUGCACAGGCGAGUGUGGGCACUUCCCUCUGUGUUGUUUCAAGGGAGUUAGUUGCGUGUGGUCGCACGUUCAGACGUGACACGCGAGAUGUAACAGCAUGCCUUCCCGGCAUCCAAUACGGUGAAUGAAAAAUUCCAUUCGAAGAUGAGUUCAUGUCAAUUUUUUGUUUUGCUAUCCGGGAAUCUACAGAUUCUGUUCAUAACACUGCAAAAUUCACAUUUUCUGGUGAUGGGCUAGACUCGUACACACGUGCAUAUGGUUGGGUCAUAUUUAACUUGGCUCCUAAUUAGUUUCUUGUCCUUCAGGGCAUGUCUAAUUACCCAUGGUCUAGUGAUAUCAAAGAUAACCCAACGAUCAAAUGUUUGUUACGUGAAGUCUAACUUGUCUCUAAGUAAUAUGAAUAUUGCAGGUUCUUACCUAUAAGUAUUAACUGCCCAAACUUUUUUUUUCAAUGUUUUAAUUGAAAGUUAAAGUCUUGAAUAGUCUAACAAGUAGACUCCCUGUCUCGAAUAGCUAUUGGUUGGUAUCUACCAGAGUUGUAUCUUAAGAGCAAGCAGGUCAUGUGAGCAGUCAACAAGUGCCAAAACAAACACAGGUUUCCUACAGUUUGCAUAAUCUUGCUCGAUUCUUAUGUACUUGCCUUUAGCGUAAUGCUCAUAGCAAUAGAAUAUUUGUACCUAGUACAAUAUUGUGUAAGAAACAAAUAUUGUCAAAUCAAAGAAUUUAUGUCAUCUUUACAGUCUUUUUCUGCUAUCGCUGCUACAGUAUUUGAAUUUCCUGCCGCCGUUUCUUUUAAUGUUUAAUAUAUCUUAUAUUCUGCUAUCCAAUUCAAGUUUUGUAAUUUUUUCCGUAUCCAAAGAAUGUAACCUCUCAGCUGUCAUAACCAACAUUGUUUACCUGUUCGUAAUUAGCAUUUGUUAAGAGACAACAAUGUGUGGCAAGAUGUGUAUCUUUGAUCAGUUGGCUUUUUUUAUGACUGUUUAAUAAUUCACUUAGGCACAUGGACCUUACUUUCAGUGAUUAAUGUCUUAGAAUUCAGUACAUUGGCAUAUAACUACGUCAGUUUAAAAACAAAAGUAUAUAUUAAUACAUGAUUUAUUAUGUCACUCAGUUUCCAAAAAAAAAAAAUUUCAGAAGCAAAUGCCAGAAUAAGAGUUCUAACAGUGGAAACUCAUUUCAUUACCUAGUACCUCAUUUUGAAGCCACUGCAAGAAAUUUUAUAUUUAACAAAAGCUAAGUAGUAUAAAUUACUUUCACUAUGAAAAACCACAAUUGAGAUUUUUUUUUUUUUCUCUCAGACACCUUGUAAUGAGAUUUCACUAUUUUUACCUCUGAAUAUUCUCAAAAACUUCCCUUUUCAAGCUGUACUAGCAAUCUUGAGCUGUUUUUUUUAGAUUGCCGGUGUUCAAAUAGGGGCGAUUAUUCCAUGCUACCAAAGAAACUGUCAGUUCCUCUCUACUUCCAGGAGGGAUAAAAUGCUUUUUAUUUAGAUUCAGAUACAUUAUGUCAGUAGAAUUAUUAGUUUUCGAACACUCAAUAAUUGAGACAACGGAUGUGAUCCAUUGUCUUUUGUCCGUUUCUUACAUUGAAACUCAGCGCUCGGCUAUCAUCGCGUAUUCCAGUUGUACCUGAAGCCAAGCGGCCAGACUGAGAAACUAGACCAGCGCUCCGCUUCCCUUGCGCCAACAACGAACAUGGUUGUAUUAAGAAUUAAUUUGCAGUUAAAAGAAUGGCGUGUUGUAAAAACACCGACUCCAUAACAACUCAUUACAGCAAACAUUUAAAAACCCUCAACACGUGGAAUGGAUUGUUGAAAAAGUAGAAAAAAUUUAACUCGCAUCUUGGCAGGUGUAGGCCACCAUGCUGGUUAGACAGGGAACAAAGUGCUUGCUUCGCCUCCUCCAGUCAACGAAGGGCUCAGUGUGUGUGGGCAGUAAGGAGACGGACAUCUGCCGGUGCGGCUGUGACUUGUGUGUUUGAAAACGUUGCUGUCGUGAGACAUUUUACGAUAAAAAUUCUGUUAAUUUUAAGUUUAAGACCAGCUCCUAACAUGACUAAUAUUUUUAGCAUUGCUAAAUCGAAAAUCGUAGAUUUAAAAAUACAUUUUAAAACAUAAUUUUACAGCUGUAAUGAAAACAAGUUGAGUACAAAAAUUUAUUUUAUUUUUUGAGCCUUGUAUAAUGUGCACUAAUGAGAAUAUUUCUUAUUUUGUAAUUGUUAAAUGCUGACAUAUUAUGUUGGUGUAUAUAAUUUUAUACAUUAAAUAUUGCAAAAUAUCACAUUUUUGUACAUUCAUAUUAAUGGAAUAUUGAAUUAUAAUAAAAAAAAAAGUUCAGAAAACAAAAUUAUUAUGUAUCUUAAAAAUCAAAUAAAUAAGUAUAUAAAAAUUUUCAGGAAGUCUUAUCAUGGUAACUUCUACAACAGGUUUUCUUUAUUAAAAAUCUACCUUAAAUGCUGACUGAAAAAUAACAGUCUCUCUUCAAAUUACUAUGUGGGGAUUUUCCAGGAUUCCAAGUAAAUUCUCUGAUUGAUUUCCAAUUGUCCUGCCUUUUCCCUGCUUUUGUAGAAGUAAAUACACGAAGUCUAGCCUAGUACUUACCAGAAAAUAAUGUGAAUUUGGAUGUGUCUGGUAAUGGGGUCAAAAUGUGUAAUACCAAUACCUAUGGCUACUAAUGACUGCACUUGUACAAAUAUUUAAUGUAAUUCCAUAUCCAAUGUGUCAAACCACUUAAGCCUGUGUCAACUUUUUUGCAGUGUCGUAACAUGUACAAUAUUACGUAAUUGGUCAAUAGUGUGUAAUUGCUUGAGUGAUAAUUUUUGUAUAUAAAUUAUGUUAUGACUUUGUGAGCACAUUUUUAUUGCAGACAUAGAAUGUUAAGAUUAAAUUUUUUAUAAGAUCA